ACACGUCGCCGAGCGAUGGCGCGGGGCGGGGCCACGGGCAGCCAGGGCCUGGCGGAGACAUCCGCUUCCGGGGCCGCGGCCAUCGCUCUGCCCGGCUCGGAAAGCUCCCCGGAGUGUUUGCGGUGUCCUCCGGUGCUUCAGUGUUGCCUUCCCGCGCCCUGCUGCUCGCCCUCCGGAGUAGCCAUGCUGGAACAACUGAGCUCGUUUCCCACACAGAUGGAUUACAAGGGCCAGAAGCUGGCUGAACAGCUGUUUCAGGGAAUUAUUCUUUUUUCUGCAAUAGUUGGAUUUAUCUACGGGUACGUGGCUGAACAGUUCGGGUGGACUGUGUACAUAGUUAUGGCUGGAUUUGCCUUUUCAUGUUUGCUGACACUCCCCCCAUGGCCAAUCUACCGCCGACAUCCCCUCAAAUGGUUACCUGUUCAAGACUCGUGCACAGAAGACAAGAAACCAGGAGACAGGAAAAUUAAGAGGCAUGCUAAAAACAACUGACUGGGGUUUCUCUGAUUCGGCACCUGCUUCUGUUCCCCGAGAUGAGCUACACUGCUUUCAUAACCAAAAUCACCUAUGCUCUUACAGCACCGCGGCCAGACCUCAUUCUGUUUACAUUUCAUUUUAAUCCACUUGAGGUUUCAUUUAUAAAUAUUUUAAACCCUCUUCAUAAUCUUGCUGUGAAAUGGAAAACAGAAAAUGCAAGUAUGGAAAGUUUCAGGUGUACAUAAAUAAUAAAUGCCUCAUGAUAGUCCA